AGUAUCGUCUGUGAUGUGUCUGAUCAGCCAAUCGGGAGGAAGGCGGUAGCAGGGAGUCAAAGGAAGCAAACCCCGCUUCUGACCCAGUGUCCCUUCAAGGUCUUGCGAGUGACCGGAGAGCUGGCCCUGAAGGAUGCGAACUCGGCCGCGGCCGGUUCUUCCCUGCCAGGUCAAGUGUCCCUCUACAAGGCUGUAUGGGGAGAAUUGAUUGAGAAGAUAGUAUUUACGUUUUUGUGGGAUAUACGUCUUAAUGUCGGUCUCCGAAGCCUUUUUUUUUUUUGAGUUUGGAUAAACUUCCCCAGGGGCCACGUUUUUAAUCCACAUAUCAAUCGCCAGCUCUUGACAGCUUGUGUAUUUGCUUCUCCAGCUGUAGUCACAAGCUUAAGUAGGAGAGGUAAAAAUGGUAGUCAAGCCACAUACUCCACUAAUAAGAUUCCCAGAUAGAAGAGACAAUCCGAAACCCAAUGUAUCAGAAGCUUUGGGAUCAGCAGGACUACCGUCUCACUCUUCUUCAAUUUCACAACAUUCUAAAGGAAGUAAAUCACCAGAUUGGCUGAUGUAUCAGGGCCCACCAGACACUGCAGAAAUAAUAAAAACAUUACCUCAGAAAUAUAGAAGGAAACUUGUAUCUCAGGAAGAAAUGGAAUUUAUCCAGCGUGGAGGUCCAGAAUAAUCACUUACAGUGGGGCUGCAGUUUGUCAUCAGGCAAAUGAAUAGUCUUUACAAUAAAGGACUUCCAAAAUGACAAAUGAGAAAUUGUAUAUUAAACAACUUUAAUAAAUAUUCUGUAAAAAA